AUGAGCUCCAAUAGCCUUACCAAGUCACUCAUUGACGCCCAUGACAAUUUGGAGAGAAUGUACCGCCUCCACGGGGAAUUCAUCGAGAAUAAGUGGCGUUCGUUCGAUCGGAACCAGCGGGCGAGAUGUUGUUAUCAACUGUUCAAGCGGUUUGAUCAUCGACGGGGAGUGGACUACAGGUCUUUGAUGCGCAUGGCAGCAGACUUCCGGUUGGCCAGCGGAAUAACAGACCAGGCUCGGAACCAGGCUCUUAUCCCAGAACUCAACCCCGUCAACCUCGUCAACUCCGACCCAGAGUCCCUGGUGGACCUACUCCGGCACCGGGCCUCGGGGACUCUUAUCAGCUUGUACGACUCUGGGCUCGAUGGAAGCCCGGGAGAUCGUCAAUUCGUCGUGGAAAUGACCAUGCCCGCUGGCAAGACUCUAUCGGAUUAUCAGGGGACUACCUACGCUGCGAUUGGCCUCGAUGAUGAGGUGUAUGCCAGGCCUUUUACUCGGAAAGCUGGAACGGCGGAGGCUAUAGGAUAUCUGCCUUCAAUCUCGAACAAGGAUCUCGGCAGAGCUUUGAGAGACGGCAGCAUUCUUCCACAGUCCAUGGGGUUGCUGGUCGUAACACGGCAGUUCCUCCUAGCAAAUUUGAGUUACAGUCUAAUGGUCGCGAUAUUUGAGGCAAGCUCUGAAGCCGGCACCAAGUUCGACGCAGCGAGGCUCGGGGACCAGGCAUUGGCGAUCAUGAAGAACCUGGACUCUAUGCCGCGUCCAACCAGGAUUGAUCUGUCAGAUCUCCAAUCCUUCGCCCAGUUCCGCACACAGUCUCUCAGGGACAUGUGGCUAUUCAUGGUGAAGGAGCCGGCCGUCCUGCUCGUAAAAGUUGGAGAUUAUCGUUCCACGACUGCUGCACGGGUCCCUGACUACACCGGAUUCGCACACUCGACUUUUUCCCAGUCAUAUUCAUCCAGAUCAUUCGUCGAAGCUCUCCACGACGGUUUAUCCACCAUCGCCAUCUGGGACUACAUGGACCGUCUCCUCCAGCAGUGUCUGUCAGCGCCAGAGAACAAGGCGUACCAGACAAUCUUACGGCACGAGUUGUCUAGGGUGUCCUCCAUGGCAGUAUCCAGAGCUCAGGCUUUCUUCGUUCGGCUAUUUCGCAUAUUCGCCGGGACAGGCCACUUUCAGCGCUCCCAAGCUAGCCUUGACAAGUUGGGUGACUAUCGAGUAGUUAUGACGACACACCCCGAUGUCCUGACAAUCCGAAACCCGCAGAUGCACCUCCUGCUUCGCCUAUGCCGGUCAGAGACCGACACCAGAGAGGUUGCACGCUUGGUACCAAGGUUAGUCAGGCGUCAGAGAAUACACCCGGAUGAGCGGGAAAUACUGACUGUUGCCGAAGCUGAGGCGUUUGCUCAGCUGAAGGUAACUGCAGAGUUUGCAGCCGAUCUCUCGACCCUGCUCUACCUCCCUCCCCCCAAGCCGAAAGCACAAGGCCCGUUUGCCGGCCGGCUUGAGGACCUAGACAUGGAUAUCAGCAAGUGGAAGGAAGAGAUCGACCUAUUGGACUGCUUUGCUCCUCUCAAUAACCUGCUGGAGCCUGGAGUAGCGCUCGCUGCCUUCAAGACCAUCGACUCGUUCAUGCUCGACAAAGCUGGGACGACGAUGGGGUACCUCUAUGAAGACCUGGUGCAGGAUGCUCUGGAGGACCUUCAAGGCCGCUAUGACAAAGAGAUGAGGGCCAGCAACCGGGAUCAGGCUCAAAGUUUGCUGCAGUUCUCAGAGUGGAGAUCGCAGCCGCUCGAGGAACGAGUCAAGCUGAGACGGGAAAAGCAAAAGACUCGCCCGGUGGAACUGUCACUCUACGACUUGGCUGCGGCCCAUGGCGAUGAUGAAGACCCAGCGGGCGAUAAUAGAGAAGACGAAUCCGUCAGAGAACAGGCCUUCCAAGUGACGGCGUCAACGAAGGAGGUCUUCGAAAAUCUCUUUCCCAAAGGGCAGCAGGCUCGGGGUUCUGUUAGCUGGACAGCUUUCCAGGCGGCCAUGGUUGAACUAGGCUUCACCGUCACUCCCAAGUACGGCUCCGCGGUCACUUUCGAGCCGACAGAGGCCAUGUCGCUGGCAAAGUCUGUGACAGUACACCGCCCUCACCAGGCCAAGAUCGAGGGCCACAAGCUGCUGAUGUUCGCGAGUCGGCUGAGGACUGUCUAUGGCUGGGAUGAAGGCACCUUCGAGCUGGCUUGA